GCACAAGGAAUCAGUCAGUAGUGGAGAUAGUUCUAGAAGUGAAAUGUCAUGACUCUGUUUUUUCCAGUCUACUUCGUCGUUAAAACAACAUCUAACAUUUAUUGUACACUUGCUGUGUUCCAGACACUGUUUUAAGUGUUUUUAACUCUAUGUUAUAGCUUGGAAACUAAGGCAGAUCAUUCAGAUCUAUUUUCCAAUUCCACAACUCUGGGUUUUAGUAUGGUUUUAAUGACAGUCACCUCCUACGCAGUGGGGUGGAGCAGUUCUCCAAGAGCUUGCUCCCAGAUCUCCGUGAGUGAGAAAUGUUGUCCCAGCAAUGUCUCCUUGUGUGUUGGAGAGCGAUCCCAAGAAGAGUCCAGAGUGUAUUGGAAGAAUGGAUGAAGGAAUGAAACAAGCCCACAUGAGUAUUAGUGGAUCUUACUUUAGGAAUAUUCAUGUACUUCAAAAAUUCCCUAUUUAUCAAGUCAGGCAGUAAAUGCAGUUUUAGAAUGAACUCAGUCCAGGACCUUUCUGUAAAGAUUCCCAGUAUAGGAUGGAAAGAUUCAAUUCAAUAAGCACAUAUUGAGCUCUUGCUAUGUACAAGACCCUGGUAUUGAGAAAUACACACAGAGGAAAACGACACAUUUCCUGCCCUCCUAUAAAUAAUUGUCUUCUCAGAACCUUCUCCCUCCAGUGUAGUUUGGAAGAUAGAUAAGUACAUAAAUAACUGAAAUCAGACUGACUAUGGUAAAUGUAGUAAGGAAUGUAAACAAAGUGGGAGUCUGGGAGAAGGAGAAAUCAAUCCCAGCAUGAUCAGAGGAUUCCUGAAGGUGGAGAAUUUAUGCUGGGCCUUGGAGGGAGUUUAUUCCUGGGAGAAGGAACAGCUUGAGCAAUGGUUGAGAGGCAGAAAUGCACAGGUGUAAGGGUGUGUGUGUGUGUGUGUGUGUGUGUUGUGGGAAGGGAGAGGAGUUAGUGAGAAGAAGAAAUAAGCCGAAGUGGCAGGUUUUGGCUAAAAUGUAGAGAGCGGAGUAGGGAGCAGAGCACUGGCAUUUAUCAAGUAUCUCCUUUGCUUUGUGGCUUGCAGUAUGCUGGAUGCUUUACAUACUAUAUUUAAUUCUGUAAUAUAGGCCUAUUUAUCUCCAAUCUAAAGAUGAAGAAACCAGACCUCAGAAAGAUUAAAGUGACUUCCCCAAGGUUAGAUAGUUGGUAAGGGCACAGCUUGGUUCAAAACUAGCAGUGCUGAGUUCAAAGGCCCAUGUUAUCUUCCUUAUGCUGCGAGACUCCAAAUGCCCUGACUGGCGCUCUGUUUUCUCUGGCAGCCGGACGGAGGUUAGACUGGAGCAAAGAUGGUCCCAGAAUGGGGACAUGAGUGAAGAGGCUUAAAACGGUGAAUCACUGGCCUAGUUUGGAAGCUGCAUGGACUAGGUCUGCUUGAUAGGUUUAAUAGGUUUCCAUGUCAGAGGCCAGUGGAGAACCGAAGAUUGCCAGCUACGUACAAAGGCCAUUGAGACACUUCGUGUAGCUGGAAGACACCAACUCCCUGACAGGGGCUUUAUUUCAUUUGGGAUUUCAAGUUUACAGACGGUAUCUUCCCAAAAGUUGGAAAAACCUAUAGUUUCAGAAACAACUCUCCAAGUUCCGUUUCCAAGGAAAGUCUUAACCAUUUGUCCCUUCUGGCGUACCCUCUUUCAUUGAAAUCCAUGCAGAAUAUACCAGAGAUGGGCAGCAGCGAACCCCUUCCCAUCGCAGAUGGUGACAGGAGGAGGAAGAAGAAGCGGAGGGCCGGGGCCACUGACUCCUUGCCAGGAAAGUUUGAAGAUAUGUACAAGCUGACCUCUGAAUUGCUUGGAGAGGGAGCCUAUGCCAAAGUUCAAGGUGCCGUGAGCCUACAGAAUGGCAAAGAGUAUGCCGUCAAAAUCAUUGAAAAACAAGCAGGGCACAGUCGAAGUAGGGUGUUUCGAGAGGUGGAGACGCUGUAUCAGUGUCAGGGAAACAAGAACAUUUUGGAGCUGAUUGAGUUCUUUGAAGAUGACACAAGGUUUUACUUGGUCUUUGAGAAAUUGCAAGGAGGUUCCAUCUUAGCCCACAUCCAGAAGCAAAAGCACUUCAAUGAGCGAGAAGCCAGCCGAGUGGUGCGGGACGUUGCUGCUGCCCUUGACUUCCUGCAUACCAAAGGCAUUGCUCAUCGUGAUCUGAAACCAGAAAAUAUAUUGUGUGAAUCUCCAGAAAAGGUGUCUCCAGUGAAAAUCUGUGACUUUGACUUAGGCAGUGGGGUGAAACUGAACAACUCCUGCACCCCCAUAACCACACCGGAGCUGACCACGCCAUGUGGCUCAGCAGAAUACAUGGCCCCUGAGGUGGUGGAGGUCUUCACGGACCAGGCCACAUUCUACGACAAGCGCUGCGACCUGUGGAGCCUGGGCGUGGUCCUCUACAUCAUGCUGAGCGGCUACCCACCCUUCGUGGGCCACUGCGGGGCCGACUGUGGCUGGGAUCGGGGCGAGGUCUGCAGGGUGUGCCAGAACAAGCUGUUUGAAAGCAUCCAGGAAGGCAAGUAUGAGUUUCCUGACAAGGACUGGGCACACAUCUCCAGUGAGGCCAAAGACCUCAUCUCCAAGCUCCUGGUGCGAGAUGCGAAGCAGAGACUUAGCGCCGCCCAAGUUCUGCAGCACCCAUGGGUGCAGGGGCAAGCUCCAGAAAAGGGACUCCCUACGCCGCAAGUCCUCCAGAGGAACAGCAGCACAAUGGACCUGACGCUCUUCGCAGCUGAGGCCAUCGCCCUUAACCGCCAGCUAUCUCAGCACGAAGAGAAUGAACUAGCGGAGGAGCCAGAGGCGCUGGCCGAUGGCCUCUGCUCCAUGAAGCUUUCCCCUCCCUGCAAGUCACGCCUGGCCCGGAGGCGGGCCCAGGCCCAGGCAGGCCGUGGUGAAGACAGGAGCCCGCCCACAGCACUCUGAAAUGCUCCAGUCACACCUUAUAGACCCUAGGCCUGGCCAGGCGUUGUCCCCCUGGAAACCUGUGUGGCUAAAGUCUGCUGAGCAGGUGACAGCGUCUGCUCUGUGGCUUCACUCAGGCUUUUUCAUCUAGAAGGCCCUAAAGUUCCCACCAACCCCCAUUUCCCUAGGGUCCUGGAGGAAAAAGCUUUUUCCAAAGGGGUUGUCUUUGAAAGGAAAGCAAUCACUUGUCACUUUGCAUAAUUGCCUGCAGCAGGAACAGCUCUUCGCUGGGCUCCACCUGCUCUCCGCCUGCAGAUCUGGGAUCCGGCCUGCUCUCACCGCUGUAGCGGCGGCUGCGGCUGCAGCCUGCAGGGAGAAGCAAGAAGCAUCAGUUGACAGAGGCUGCCGACACGUGCCUCUUCCCUCUCAGCUCUGUCACCCUCCUCUGGCGGUCCUUCCACCUUCCUCUGUCCUCCGGAUGUCCUCUUUGCCCGUCUUCUCCCUUGGCUGAGCAAAGCCAUCCCCUCAAUUCAGGGAAGGGCAAGGAGCCUUCCUCAUUCAGGAAAUCAGAUCAGUCUUCCGGUCUGCAGCACGGAGAAGCACAUAAUCUUUCUUUGCCGUGACUGAAAUGUGUCCCUCAUUUAUCAUCCCCUUUGAUUGUGAUUGCUGCUAAAGUCAGUUGUAUUUUGUUUUUUUAAAAAAAAAAGUUUGGUUUUUUUUUAACCAUGCUGUUCCAGCAAAGAUGGGACCUUCAUCUCCCACUGCAAGCCCAUGAACUUCCCGGAGUGUAACGGCUUGCUCUUUCUGGAAUGUCCAUGCAUUUGGGUUUUAAUCAGCAGUGCCCUAUUCUAACUGAUUUUAAGCUGUUCCUAUGACAAGCUUAGAGACAGCGUCGGUGUCUGCUGCUGUGUCCCCAGGUCUUGUGUGGGUGGCACAGAUCUGGGCAGUUAGAUGGAGCUCUGUGCCUGAGGUGAAGCCACACUGGGGUGAAGCCUCACUGCCCUGUUCGAGCGACGCAGUGCCUGCUGCCCGAGUUCGUGAAGGUACAGCCAUUCAGAUAAGCUGAACUGUUGAGGUACAUAAAGAAAAUAGAUUUGCGUUUGUCAGGCAGACGUUUAUACAACACCAUGGUACUUUUAUACAUUGUGCUUAUUUUAAUAAAACUGAAAUUCUAGCUGUGGCCUA